UAACCCUCAGGGCAGCCGCUGGAGCAUGAAUCCCUCCUGAUUCCGCUGUCGGCCCGAUGUUCCUCACAGUCCAGCUGCUCCUGGGCGGGAGAUGUAGCCUGAAGGUGUCGGGGCGAGAGAGUGUGGCCAUGCUGAAGAAGCUGGUGUCCGAGCGGCUGCGGGUGCCCGAGGAGCAGCAGCACCUGCUCUUCCGCGGCCAGCUUCUGGCAGAUGACAGGCAUCUCUCCGACUACUGCAUUGGGCCCAACGCCUCCAUCAAUGUCAUUGUGCGGCCCCUGGAGAAGACGGUGCCCGAGGAGGCCCACCAGCCCCAGCCCCAGCCCCUCUGGCACCAUCUGGGCCAGGUCCUAGCCAAGCACUUUGGGCCCCAGGACACCGAGGCAGUGCUGCAGCUGCUGAGGCGGGAGCACAAGGAACGCCUGCAGAGGAUAAGCCUAGGGGAGCUGGAGCAGCUGGCGCGCUACCUCCUGAGCAAGGAGCCGCUCGCGGAGCCCACGGGGGAGAGGGAGCCUGAGGCUCAGCGACCCAGAGACAAGGAGGAAGAGGAGCAGGCCGAGCAGUAAACCAGCCAUCCUACUCGUCUGCGUGCUCAAAUUCGUCCAGCCUCAUCCUUAAGUGUUCCCUGGUGACUCCCCACUAGUUCCUGCUGAUGUGGGUGCAUCUUCACCCCUUUCUGAAAUUUCAAAGUAACUGCAGGGAUUUUGGACCCCUCUCUCCUCUCUUGGGCCUGUGGUUUCCCCUCUGAAACACGGAAUGAUCCCCUCCACAUCACCAUCCCCUAGAAGGGGCUCUGAUUGCCCCAUGGGCAGCCUGAAAGGGGGCGGUCAAAGGCUGCUUCCCCCUUGUAGGCUGGGCACUGCCUCCUGGGCAGCUGUAUGCCCAGCAGCAAGCCAGGCUGUCAGCACACCUCCAUGGCUUUAAACAGACCCUCUUUCUCCUUGGAGACAGAAAGACAGAUAAUGUGAGUUCAUUUCUUCCAUCCCCAGGCCACGGCGCCCACCCCCCAGGCCUCCUGACAGCCAAGGGUAGAGAAGUGCCGAGUAGCUGCCCCUUGCUCUUUGGGUGAGGCUCUCCCUGCUGUCUGCCUGCUUGUGCUUCCACAGUUUAAGGGGCAGGGGUAGGGGCAGCAGAGGUAGGAGUGGGGGGAGAGCACCUACUGUGUGCCAGGCCUGGAGCUCUCAGGGAGACACACACAGACCAGGAAGAGCAGGAAGCUUAGGCAGAAAAGGCGGUUGCAUCGUCGCACAUUCAUCGUGGCCAGUGUGAACGGAGCCGUGCCCCAACCUCUCCCUGCCCCAAGUCUCAUCAAUCACCAGGUCUCACUGAGCACCCCCCAUUUCCCACCCACCACUGCCCAGGCUUCCCGGGAUCAAAACUGGUACCAGCCUGGAUCCUUGCCCUCACAGAGCGUGCAGCUUAGAUGGAGAGAGAGGUCAUAAAUGUGACAAGUAAAGCAGCAACAUAAAACCAGAGUACAGCCUGCGUGACUAAAUGCCCAGGCGCCAGCUGCAGCCUUGCAGGGCCCUGGGCUCAGUGUGGAGGGGCCGGUGCCCAUAGACUACAGGAAAGCCAGGCCCCCUUCUCUGUUCUCGGUGUGAGAGAAUGGCCCUUGCCAAGGGCUGAGGAGCCCCUACACCCCGUGUGUGAGGGGGCAGGGAACUCACUGACAGCCUGGUCCCCCAAAGUCCCAGAAGUGCUGUUACCACGGUCGGUCCAUCCUGGGGGAUGGAGAUAGAAGGAAGGGGAUGAAGGCACAGUCUAGAAAGGAACAAUCAGGGCCCCGGUCCCUGGGAGGCAUCCUGUCCUUGGCCUAUGGGGCCCUGCAUCCUAUUAACUGGGGCGUGUUAUAAUCGUAUUUACUCCCCCCCCCCCCCAGGUGUUUGUGAGGGUAAGGCAUGAAGACUCUACAGUGAAGAGUGGGGUGGGGCAGUGGCAGUGGCGGGGAGAGACUCCUGAAACCGUGUCUCUGCCUCCAUUGGGGCUGCCGGAGCCCCUGCCCCUGGUUCCUGUCUCUGCAGGUCCUGGUCCUGCUCUCAGGUCCCCCGGCCUCCAUAGGAGAGACCUCCUGACGGGUCUUCAAGUGUGUUCGUGCUGGGGCUGUGCCAUCUACCAAGGGGGACGAGCCUAUUAUUUUUACAUUAGGGGAACUAAUAGACCAUUUCCCGGGGAAUCUGUGAGUGAUAAAAAUAAGUGGGCCGUUUUAUUCCUUUUGCUGAGAGAGAAGCUGGCACGAGGGACGGGGAAGCCUUUGUUGUCUCUGGUUAGCGGGAGUGUCAGGGCUUGCUGGGAGCAGCCACCUCUACUGCUUGUCCCCGAGGUUGCAGGGGAGGGUGACUCCAGGCCCAAAAUGGGGGGAAGGAGAGUUGUUCUGCCCUCUGUGCCCGUGAUUGCUUCUCACUACUGACUCCACCCUUCCCAGGGGGGCCCUGCGCCUGACCCUCCCCACAAAAGCUGAGCCUGGGAAAGGAUGCACCACCACAUGGAACUGAGCAAGAACUUGCCUCCGUCUGUUCCCCCUCCCAGGGAUAUUUUACUCAAUGCUGCGUUUCUCACUGCGGGGUGACAGGCUUUGUCCCCUAAUGGAUGAGCUUACAGGUAUUACGGAAUAUUGGGAGGCUGGGGGCAGAGUGGCCCCUCAUACUCCAGCAAUGGGUUAGAAUCCUACUCUGUGUGGAGAGCCCUAGCUCCUGGACUGCCUGCCCUGGAGAUCCUUCCCUGUCCCUGUUUCAUCUUAUUUCAAAGGCGAGUUGAAACCUGUGCCAGCAAACCCGCUGAAACCUGUGCCAGCAAACCCCCUGUCCCCUCCUCUGCCCCACCACUUGAAGGAUGGUGGGAAUGAGGGGGGCACUCUUUUUAAACUGCAGCCUUGGGCAUGUAGCUCUGCCGCUUAGUUCACCACAGCACCUCUCUCCUGCCAUGAAAGGACACAAGGUCCCUAAAGGUAACAACCUUGCUCAAGUAGGAGGCAUCUUAGGAUGGCAACCACAUCCAGGUUUCCAGCUUUGUGUUCUUCUCCACAGAGAAGUCUGGCUUCUCCUCCUAGCUCCUUCCUGCAACACUGCAGGCCAGCACUCUUGGUCCCCUGGUCCCUGGUGAAAUCGUCUUUCUGAGAGAAACAGACACAGCACUCUAGUUUGUGUGCUAUUU